GCAAAAGAAACAGAGAAUCGUUUCCUUUAAACGGUUCGUUGGAAUGAACUGAUCGAACGAACCGAUUCUAGGAAAUGGGCCAGACUUCCCAUCGCCUCGCUUUCACCACAGGCGUCACCUAUCAGCUGAUACAUUUGUUGCAGAACGAAUGGAACGUUGGGAGUUGUAGUGUUACACUACAUCCAGGAACGAGGGACGCAACGCUUUGAUGUGUUCCAUUAAGUGUUACAGAGUUGCCUCUUCGUCUAUUGCGCAGGAAAGGAUUAAGCGCGCGUUUCGUUAGAAAUAUGCGUCAAAAUAUUGCUGGCCGUUUUCAAAGUUCGAAGUCAGAGAAGGUUUUUAUGCCAUAAACUCCCUUGGGUAAGCUUACCUCGGUGAACUACAUUACCCAGGAUGUUACGCGUGUAGAUAAAGAAUUAUAGUAUUUGUAGGAUUUAAAUGUCGUUGUUGCAAGACUUAACGGCAGCGUCGUUCUCUAAAGGAACUACAAUUCCCUGUUAACACCUGAGGAAGGCUUUCGUAUGUUGGCUGUCAGGUAUUCAUGAGGUCGUAGUCUCCAGUAAAGCAGGUAGAGCAGCAAAUGGUUUGAUCCCGAUCUCGCUGUAGCGGUUAGAUUGUCAUGAUGGAGGGUGACAUCAAACUAGUCUACGAGCAGAGGUUCAAUGCUGCUGUCAAAGUGAUCCAGAAUUUACCUUCAAACGAAUUUUUCCCCCUCCAGGUUCAUUUCGGCCUUCCAAUGACAUGAUGCUGAAAUUUUAUAGCUACUACAAGCAAGCAACACAGGGCCCCUGUAACAUUCCCCGUCCAGGAUUCUGGGACCCCGUUGGAAAGGCCAAAUGGGAUGCGUGGAAUUCUCUUGGGGAAAUGCCAAAGGAGGAGGCGAUGGCGGCCUAUGUGGAAGAUUUGAAACUGAUCCUGGAAAGUAUGCCUGUAACAAAUGAGGUGGAGGAGCUUCUGCGGGUCAUUGGUCCGUUCUAUGAGCUCGUUGAUGAAAAGAAAAAGAUAACGCAAGUGUCCGAGUUGAGCACAGGCUUUGGGAGCAUGCUAACGUCACCACCCAAAAGUGUGACAAAAAGCAUCAUCAGGACAAUGGAGAUGAAUGGAAGCCUGGACAGUUACCCCGUCAAAACAGUAGAAACUCCAAAGACUAAAUCAACAGACAUGGAAGACGGAGAAGAUGAUAAUGAGGAGGAAGAUGAAGAAGAGGAGGUUAAAGAGGUGAAAAAAGCCUCACAACCGAAGAAAAGGGCUUCUGCGGGGAGACCUAAAGAACCAGUAUCUAAUGGCAGUAUCGGCCAACAUAAACUCCUUACCAAUGGAACGCACGAGUCUAAGUCUGAUCUGAACAGGCAGGAGUCAGAAGAAGACUCUGAAAGCAUUAACCACAACAGAGACAUCAGUGAGCUCAAUGGACACAUCAGAGAAGACAUGUCCAGUUCUCAGCAUGUGGCCAGUGAUUCAGACAGCGAGGUGUACUGUGACUCCGUCGACCAGUUUUGUGGUGAAGAAGGAUCUGAGCUACACGUCAGCCGCUCACUGGACGUGGCAGAGGAGAGCCACAGCACACUAUCCUCGACAGGAGAGAUCAGACCACAAGAGGAACUGCUGGGACGGGAGGAAGGAGUACAGCACGGCGGAGAAGACGGGUGGAGCAGCAGAGGAGGUUCUCAGAGACAUGGACUUCCUGUGAAUAGAAGUAACAGUUCUGUGGUCAGGAGGGAAAGAGGGUCCAAGUCACCUGGCUUUGGCUCCAGGUCAGCGGGGCCGCAGCAGGGCAGCGGGGGAGAUGGGGAGCGCUGGGGGGCAGAUGGAUCUGUAACGGAUAAUCUAAACGAACAGAUCAUCUGUGCUCUGGCCAGACUGCAGGACGACAUGCAGAGUGUCCUAGAGAGGCUACACACGCUGGAAGCUCUCACAGCCUCACAGGCCCGAUCCUUAGCGCUGCCGUCAGACUACUUAUCACCACCUGCAAAUAAAACAAAGAAGAAGCCAUUCUGGUGGCCUUUUGAUGUGUCUCCAGGAACUGUGGCCUUUGCGGUCAUCUGGCCGUUUGUGGUGCAGUGGCUCAUCCGUCUGUAUGUGCAGCGCAGGAGAAGGAAUGUUAAAGAUUGGAUCAUCUUGUUGCAGAAGAAUCAACUGAAAGGAAUCGACUGAUGGUUCGACAUCUCUGGAGACCCAGAGGAGAGCCGUGUUACACAUUUAGGAGGAGGAGGGUGUUUCCCAGCCUGUCCCGUGAUCCCUAACUCCUGCUUUUGCACUAUGAUGACAACUCUAAGAAUUAGCGAAUUGAAAGACAGAGUCAAUGUACGGCGAUGCAGCUUAUCACAAGCUUUUUGGUACUUAUUGUUUUUUUUAAGGUAACAGUUUGCUAGAAAUACCCGAUUUCGAUGAUUAAAAGUCAAAUUUUCAUAGUAGUUAUGAAAAUCCUGUUAUUAGAAAUCCAUUAUUAAGGGCAUUACAAUAACUUGUAAUUACAAUAACUUAAUCAUGUUGAGUAUAUACAGUAUCAUUCAUGUUUUGCGCACAUAGCUGCUGACUGUCAUUACUACUGUAGCAGUGUGUAGGAUGUACUGAUGAGUACAGCACAGGAGAUUUCUGCUUGAAUCUGAUUUAUGGCAUGUUUAGCAGAAAAGAGCCCAUAUUUGGGGUUUGAACCUUAAUGGGAAUAAAUCAGGAACUCCCCAAUUUUUGGAGGUCGUAUGAAUAACAUUUUUUAAUAUACGUUAAUAUCUUAGCGUUCGCUUAAGUGAUCUGUGGUGCUCUUUUAAAGCCAUAAUAUGCUUGAAAUGCUUAUGUAGCUGACCCUUGUUUGGCAAAUCUGACGAAAGGGUCAGAAGGCAAUAGAGAAAACUUCUGUAUGUUCUGAAGAACUGAGCUAUCCGGCUCCCGCUAAUGUGUGUAGACAUGUCUGAACGUCACUGGCUUAAAGGAAUAGUUCACCUAAAAAUGUAAAUUUGCUUAAACUUUAUUA